GUUAACAAUAUUCACCAUUUUCUUUUACAGUUACAAAAUAAUGCCACAAAGAAUAAGUAUGUGAAGCCACUGGACCUGCCCAAGAAAGCCAAAAGCAUCUCUGCUAAACUCAGUUGUCUUGUUGCUGGCUGGGGAAAAACUGGAUCCAGUGAGCCUGAGUCAAAKGUCCUGAAAGAAGGGACAGAAAAGACUUGGCCCAUCACUGAGUGUAAGAAUAKUUGGGGAGARYAUUUCAUAUCAGAGCAAAUGAUUUGCACCACAUUUAACAAGAAGGAUGGAGGAAUAUGCCAGGGUGAUUCUGGUGGACCUCUAAUUUGCAAAAACAAGCUGCAAGGCAUAACUGCUUUCUCCGCUGACGGUCAAUGUGACAAUACACAGUAUCCUCAUGUCUUCACCAACAUUAAUUACUUUCUACYGUGGAUCAAGAAAAUGAUGCAGUCUAAAUCAUUAUGCUGAACACGUCUGUACUUUGUUCUUAUAACCCAACAGGUGCAUUGUUAAUUAAUUGUAGAAAGGAUAACAAGUAUAGGUUUCAAUUGCCUGUAUUUUCAGAAUUUACAAUAAAAAACAUACUUGUUAGUUAUA